GAUGUAUAUCAUACAGUACUACUUAUCAAGGAAGUGCGCACACACUGGAUCAGGCUGUACCUUGUGAGAUAGGAUCGGCCAUUUGCAUUCCAACGCAUAACAAAGCAGGUAGCAUUGGACAUCGUCCCCAGUAUAGUUAGCUUGUUUAGGCAUAGCGUUGAAGCUAGUAUAGGUGAGCUUAACGACCUUGAAAGGAUUUGGCAGUGAGAGUUGCAAAAGUACUCACAACUUCAUAUUCAAUAAUUUUUAACGAGUAAUUCUGUUUGCAAUGAGCUCUUCUGGUAAUCAGCAACAAUGCCGAAGGCUUGGCAGGUGGACCACUGCAGAGAAGGCGCUGGAGGGAAUAGACGUCAAGGGCAAGGUCGCCAUCGUGACUGGCGGGUCUUCCGGUAUUGGGGUGGAGACAUGCCGUGCCCUUGCGAAAGCUGGCGCACGUGUGUAUCUGUGUGCACGCGACAUGGCCACGGCUGAGCGCGUCGCGGAGGACAUCAAACGUGCGGCCCCCGGCUCCGACGUGCGGCUGCAGCUCCUGGACCUGUGCGACCUGGCCAGUGUGCGCGGCGCGGCGGAGCAGCUGCGGGCGGCGGAGCCGGCGGUGCACAUGCUCAUCCUGAACGCGGGGGUCAUGGCUUGCCCGCUCAUGCACACCAAGGACGGCCUGGAGAUGCAGACCGGGGUGAACCACGUGGCUCACUUCUACCUCACGCAGCUGCUGCUGCCCGCCCUGACGUCCCACGGGUCGCCAGCCCGUGUGGUGUCCGUGUCCUCCAGCGCGCAUGCAUUCGGCGGACUGGAGGUGGACGACCUCAACUGGGAGGCGCGCGCCAAGGCGGGGAAGUACGGCCCGUGGAUAGCGUACGGCCAGAGCAAACUGUGCAAUGUGCUGUUCGCCCGGGAGCUUGCCAAGAGGCUGUCCGGCACCCAGGUGUCGGCCUUCUCGCUGCACCCGGGCAUCAUCACCACCAAGCUGCAGCGCCACCAGGGCUGGCCGCUGCAGCUGGUGCUGCUGGCGCUGUGGCCCUGGUCCAAGACGGUCAAGCAGGGCGCCUCUACCUCCAUCUACGCCGCCACCGCUCCCGAGCUGGCAGGCCGCAGCGGGGCCUACCUGGACAACUGCCGGCCCGCCCGCUGCAGCGCGGCGGGGGCGGACGAGCAGCUGGCGGGCCGGCUGUGGACCGCCACGGAGGCGCUGCU